GAUGAGUCUGUGCUGACACAUUGUGAAAAGUGAGGAAAGCAUCUCCAUGCUUGACAUCAUUGGCGGCUCUCAGUGGUGUGUGACUUGACACAGGCGGCGUGGGUGCAAGCAAGCGAUGUUGGAAACGGGACGCCCUCCGAUGGCUUCUUUAUAGAUGGUCGCUGCCCUAUGGACCCUCCUCCUUCUAUUUCUCUCCUCCUGGUCUUGUUCUAUCUGUUUUGCUUUCCGGAAUUCCUGCAUCGUGCCUUCCCUGAAAGCCGACUGUUCAGACCGACAUCCCGAUCAUCCCGCAUCGACACAUUGACAAGACCUGCAUCGUUUCACACACCAAAGCCGUCAAGAUGAAUAUUGCCGCCAUGUGUGAGCCUGUUCAUGCGCUAUACCCCACCAUGGCAUCGUCUGCUGCAACAUCACCACCUCAGCAGCGUCUGCCCUCUUUGCCUUCUCUUUCGCGACUCAAAUCCACAUUACCCGCGCAAACAUCAAACCAGCAACCAGAUCAGCAUGCUUUCUCAUCACAGCAUCCGCAACCCUCAUCAUCUUCCUUCCCUGAACCUCGACAAGUUUUACCACAACGUCUCGACUCCAUGUCGUCAAUUGCUUCGACAUCACAAGGUCUUUCGCAGCAACAGCAACUGGCCCAGCAACAACAAUUAUCGCAGCAGCAACAGUUAGCACAGCCUCAGCCAACCCAGCAGCGACAUCAGGAGAACAACACGAUGCGCAGAGGCUCGUCGGCAUUUUCCUCGCAAGCAAACACACAGACACGCCAUCGCGGCAAGCAAACAAAAGCCGCAUGUAUUCCUUGUCGCAAGCGAAAGUCAAAGUGCGAUGGCAUCAGGCCUUCCUGCAAAUCCUGUAGCUCAAAAGCGACACCAUGUGCCUAUAGCGUCAUCCCAGGAGUUACUCAACAACAAGCCGUCAAAAAUCAACUCGACGCUUACAAGUACGUCUUAAACUUGCUGCGAGAAGGCAACAAGGACGAUUGCGAUAAGCUUGUGCUGGAAAUCAAAAAGGGAGAGAGUUUGACAGACGCCAUCCUCGAGAUCGGCGGCAGGGAGAAAGAGAGUUGGGUUAGAUGAAUGAGACGAUGAAGGGACGAAGUAGUGCGAAUCAGGAGGAUAUGAAGUUUGCUGCAACCGGACGCAUACGGGAGGAAGACCGCUACGGAUGUCAUACCGGAGAGAAUGAGAUGGCGCAUGCCAUCGCCAUAUCAGUGGCCAGACCCAAGAGACAAGGAGACGAGUGGGCUUUGCUCAGUUCAAACGAGGCCGAAAAACAAACAGCAUCACACAGAGAGGGCAGAAAACAGACCGCCUCUCUAAUGCUUUAAUUUGAGAGCGUUGACAUCGUGAAUAG